AUGUUAACAUUGGGACAAGCAUCAUGUCUGGUGCUAGGUUACAAACUUAGUGAUACAAACAGACAAAGAGCAAAGAAGCAGCUUCAAAAAUGCGGGCUUGUUGCGAUUCAUCUUCGUGACCAAGAUCCUAUGAGACCCACAGCAAUUGGUCUGGACGUCUUUGAACGAGACCCGUUCACAUUUGUUACAUAUCCAUCAACACCAACUCUUGUGUCAACUGAUUUUUUCGCCUGCGAUGAUAAUAAUGAUGACCAAAUUAACUUUGACGUUGACAAUAAUAAAGACAAUAGCAACAACAACGAACAUACCGAUAGCGAUAGCGACUAA